GUUUGUGAAGUUAUCAACGACAGUCGACAGCCGUCUAUCACAGGUUCGCAUAUACAACGGUGGUAUAACUCAACUAACCUUAUCAAUGAAAAGUUCGUUGUAGUGCGGAUGAUAGAGAAGACUGCGGUCUCAUGGCAUUCGCGCUUGGGUUCUCUCCAAAACAUUCUCUCUACUCUCGUGCGCUUUGGGUUCCUUCAGUUUCUGUAAACCCUUUUGUGACUUCACCUGUCUCAAAAGUUCCAUCAUCAUCCUCAAACAACAUCCAUCAGCUGAAGCUCAAGCAUCCCCAACGACCACGAGCAUCUUCUUCUGAAGGAGUCCCUGGUGAGUUAAUUGAAGAUUCCAAAUUUGUACCUUUGACUGCUGACGAUCCCGUAUAUGGUCCACCUGCUUUAUUGUUAUUGGGCUUUGAAGUGGAGGAGGCCGCAAAGAUACAACAACUGUUGAAAGACUUGGGUGGUGAAUUCCUGGAGGUUAUUUUUUGUACUGAAGAUAUGAUUACUCGUCCCCUCUGGGAAGCAAUGCAUACAAAGCAACCUCAUUUGGAAGCAGUAAAGAUAGCUAAGUCACUGCCACGGAUUUGUUUCUUAUCUGGUCUUAGUGGAGAGGAGAUGAUAAUGUUUAUUGAUGCUUUUCCAGAAACUGGACUAGAACCAGCUGUCUUUGCAGCUCUUGUUCCCAACAGUGCUGACAAACCAGUGCAGGAGUUGAUAGAGGAGAUUAUGGGUGACCAUGAAAUGCUGACGGCAAAGCAAUCCAGCUCAACCUAGGCAUAUAUGCAAGAGUAUUGCUUCUCUUCAUGAGAUUGAUUUUGUGGCAAAAAGAUCAUCUAGUUUCCCUUCAAAAUUACAUUACUUCUGUACUAUUGUAAACAAAUGCAUAUAUUAGAUUUGUGCAUCUGAAGUAUAUAGAUGUGAAGGGCA